AUGUUAUGCCCUCUCUUUUCGCCAUCCAAGCGAGAAAUGAGGUCAGUGUCCUUCGACUCAAAAACACGAGCAAUUGAGGAGGUCACCACAUUCGUACGACCACAAUGGAGAGGCAGGUGUGUGGAUUGGAGCGUGGUGCCUGCAAUCUGGCCGGAAGAAAAGGAAAUUUGCGGUCGACGGUCGGCACUUUCAGCUAAUCAGCUGUAA